AUGGCAAAUAAUUGUAACAAUGAUGUCAAUAUUCAUGGAUAUGUAGCACCAGGCUGGGAGAUUGUACGCACAGUUUUUGAGCAGAAUUUCAUUGACGGAUUGGACAUAGGUGCAAGUGUGUGUGUUUAUCAUCGCGGACAAUGUGUGAUCGAUUUGAGUGGUGGAUGGAAAGAUGUACAGCAUAGAGAAGAGCCCUACACAUCGCAAACACUGCAGCUAGUGUUUUCAGCAACAAAAGGAGUGACGGCUGCGGCCAUUGCUCUCUGUGUUGAUCGAGGUUGGCUAGAUUAUGAUGAACCUGUUGCAAAAUAUUGGCCAGAAUUUGGUGAAAAUGGGAAAGAGAACAUCACUGUUGGUGAACUAAUGUCACAUCGAGGUGGAUUACCAUGUGUUGAUGAGCCAUUGACACUUGAUGAUGUUUGUAAUUGGUCUCGGAUGACAUCAUUAUUAGCAGCUCAAAAACCAUAUUGGCAACCAGGAACUACGCAUGGUUAUCAUGUUGUGACAGUUGGCUUUCUUGCUGGUGAAUUAGUUCGUCGAGUUGAUCCUAAACAUCGAUCGUUUGGUGAAUUUGUUCGUGAUGAACUGGAUAACGAAUUCUAUGUUGGUGUGCCAAAUGACGAAAUCGAGGCACGUGUGGCUCCACUUAUCAAGAAAAUCAUUCUCACUCCAGCUCCUCUGCCGCCCAUGGAUAUUCUCACUCAAAAAGCUCUCUCUUGCAGCGGGGCUUUUCCAAUGGAACCACCUUCUAGUACAAAUAUCGUAUUCAACAAAACUGAACUUCAUCGUGCACAGAUUCCGGCUGCUAACGGAAUAACAAAUGCUCGAACAUUAGCUCGAAUUUAUGCACGAUUGAUUGGUGAUGUUCAUGAAAAUGGUGAAACCAAACCAUGUUUCAUAACUGAAAAAACAUUAACAAAAGCGACAACAAGUGUCACACCAAAAGAUGAACCUGAUCGCAUUCUCUUUGGUGUGACAUCAAACUUUGCUCGUGGUGGUUUUCAUGCCUAUGGGAAUUAUUUCAAAGCAUUCACAACAGGCGUAUUUGGUCACAAAGGUAUGGGUGGUAGUUGUGCAUUAGCUUAUCCUCCAUAUCAACUAAGCUUUGCCCACGUUUGCAAUCAUCUUGAUUUCAGUGUGCCAACUUUGGAUCCACGUACUGUCCGUCUCAUACAAGCAAUCGAAACUCUUCUCAGGCAUCAUUGA